UAUAUUUCUUUGUGCUACCUGCCUUGUGAUUGGACAUGCCGCGGGUGUUUAGACGUAAGACUGGUAAGAAGGCGGGUGGAUAAUAAUUUCGUGCAGUUAAAGUUGGCAGUCUGCUGACCUGUUUUGGGCCGUCAGGACAUAUUCCUUGCGGUCUCCUGCUUCUCCAGUUCCACCGCCGCUGCCCCACCGACCGCCGGAGACUGCAGCGCCACUGCCGUGGGUGCUGAACCACCGGGAGGGACCGCCUAUGACCUGUUCGACGCCGGAUAGUCGCCGCUCACCUCCAUGAAGUAGACUCUCCCCUCUCUUUCUCCGUGCAUUCCUGCUGGCGGUUUUCACGGGAGAUCCGUCUCCAGUGAUGGUUGGGAACGGAACAAGAACGAAAAGACCGGAGAUGAGAUGAGGGCGGGAAUAGGAAGAGCGACCUGGACCUAGGUUUCGGUCUCGGCGUAAUCGCUUGCUUUGAGAUUUGCGAAAGGUCCCUCGUUUCAUCAUCGGAGAGCGGGAAAAAACCCGCACCUUUCGAAAGCUACACGGAAAAGAAGAGAGGAGGAAAAGAAAUCAUAAACCCUAACCCGAAGCACGCAGGUCUGCGGAGUGGCCUCUCCCCGUGUACCUUAUGGAGAUAGAUCCGAACUUUUCCUCGCUGCUUCGGACCCUAAGGGUGGACGACCCAUGGGUUCCUCCCAAGACGUGGGAAUCGAUCCCCUCCGAGAGCGGCAGAGUUCGAUCCGCUGAUUCUUGCGGCCAAUCACAAGAUCCGAUAUACGAAUCUUCUUUAAUUUCUGAGGCUAAUUUGGUUCAUCUGGUUGUAAAUGCAUUGCUAGGCAUAAAGUCAUCCAUAAUGGAAAUUGAUAAGCUCGCAGCAAUAUUCUCUUCAAGUCCAGCUGAUAGAACUUUUCAUAGAGUCCCUACUUUAUGGUGUCGAUCAUUGAGCACCAACGCUUUGGGAAAGAUUCUUAAAUGUAUAAGCCACUCAGGUCUUGUUGUAUGCUUACUCCAGAAGUUUGUUAACUUUUAUCAGUGUGCAAAUCGAGAUGUACAACAAAGUGAAGACAAGGGAGAGGGAAGUACUAGUCUAGAAGACACCAAUUUUUUAGAAGAUCUUCUAGGAUCACCCCCAAAUAGGAAAGUUGUUAAUAUGAAUGAAAUAUGGAUGCAACCACCUUAUAGUUUGAUUAACCAAGCGUUUGCUGUAGCUGUUAAAAAAGUUCUUCAAGGAUACUUUGGUGCCUUGAAUACUAUGCAAGCAUCUGUUAAGUUGAGGCGCUCAGCAAUGACGUUUGAGAAAUCUGUUCACAUUCCUGAUGGAUCAUGUGGAUACACAAAAAUUUCUCAAUCAGGAAUUACUCUUCUGGAAGUUUUUCUGCACACCAAUGAAUUGAGAACACAAAUUGAAUCCCUGGGAAACAUCUGUUUUCCCAGGUUUGCUGAUCUUGCUGUAUCUAGAGAGGCUUUGACAGCUGAGACCAACAUAGAGUUUCAUAACUUCCCAAGAGGAGUAGAUUUACUCUCAUAUUUGUAUCUUCAGUUACGUAAUGCUGAUCCUAUUCAUCAUGCACUUCUCAAGCAUCUCUUUGUUGGUUCAUGUGAACCCUACUGUGGCUUCAUCAAAUCAUGGAUUUUUCGUGCAAGCAUUGAUGAUCCUUACAGAGAGUUUUUUGUGCACAAGUCAACAAAAUCUAAUGCUGCAAGUGAAUCUGUUGAUAAGUUAUUUCUGACAGAAAUCAAGGAGCAAAUUGGCAUCUCAGUUCCUUGCUUUCUGAAAGAUGUUCAUCGUCCCCUUGUCCGAGCUGGGCUACAACUUCAAGUUCUUGUCAAGUUUCUGAGCUUAUUUAAUUUUGAUUUUGUUGGAAGAAGCGCUAAUUCACAUUGCAAUUUGGCAAAUAUUGAGGAAAUUCUUCCUUGUUGGGUUGGCAUGUCAACUGAUUCAGCAUUCCUCUCAAACUCAUUAACAUUUUGCAAGCAGAGAAUUGAAGCCUUGAUUUGUCAGAGACAAAAUAUAUACCAGAUGAUGCUCGAAAAGCUUCAAGUGUUUUUCUCAAAAUCUGACAUUAGAUAUGAGAGGAUGAAUCACAUGGUAAUUCCCUUUAAUAAUGCCCAGAGCUUGUACAGUGGAAGAAGUCCUAAUAUUCCCAUCAUUUUGCUUUCUGGUGCCGAUUAUGUCUUCUCUGCAACAACCGAUGAGCCAGAAGCUACCAGGAUAUGUACAACUCAAAACGCUACUGAUGCUUCUUAUACAUCUGAGGAGUCUUCAUAUGAACUGGAUUCAUUGCACAAUUCAGAAAACUCUUUUUAUAGUUCUGAAGAGGAAACUGAGUCUGAGGGUUUCCUUACUUCAGGCAAUCAUGUAAUGCCACCAGAAUAUCUUCUGCAUUCGGAUUCAUUGCCCUGUUAUACAAUUAAAAUUCCAUUCCCAAACUCCAAUGAAAUUGGAAGGCUGUGCUUCUCUCAAGCCUCUUGUUAUAGUAUGCCUAAACAACAUGGACCUGCUGUUCAUCAUUAUAAGAAUGAAAAGACAAGUAGUUCUGUCUCCUUUUGUUGUGGAGAUGAAAAACCAGUCAUGACUCCAGUUCUUUCAGAUGAGAACUACAAUUCUGACAAUUUCUGGCCAGUAGGACUUCUGAAGGCUCCUUUCUAUCACAUCAUCAACUACAGAGGUCCAAAGCAACCAUGCUUAGCUCCGCAAAGUAUUCAGAUGACUGAUGAGAACUCAGGAACCCUGGAAAAUACAAAAUCAGUAUCUGAUAAAGUUAUUGUUCCAUUCAGUUCAAAAUUAGAUACGGUUGGAAGAUUUGAAUUCAUGAAUGCUAGAAUUGGACCUUGGUGUCACGACAUUUUUUCAUCAUGGAACUCCAAUGAAUACUAUGAUCUUAGUGCCAACCCGAUUUUGACAAGAUUUUCUUGGUUUAGUAAUAUGGACAUUUUAAAAGAUAGAAGCUCCAAUAAGAGACACCGUUCACAUUUCCCAUACUUUGACUUCUCCUCGGUGGUUGAUCCUUGUAAUUUCUCGAUAAAUGUUUUAGCCACUCCUGAUAAUGGGUUGGAAGUUGAAGCUUCUAGGAUUGGGAAUUCAAAUCUUGCUACUGUAGGCAGUAAUGGAAUCUUGGCUGACUCUGUACAACAUAGUAAUAAAGACCAACCAGAUUUAAAGCCCACAUGUUCAUCAAAUACAUCAAUAGAGGCACACCACACACCAGGGCAUCUUCCUUCAAGCGUUUCUGGGGGGGCACUCUGGGUGGGUUCAUUACAUUAUUCUAAUGAAAUUGAAUCUUGUGCUGAAGACAAGUGGCAUGAUUCAGGGGCAGAGUUUGAGAUGCCACCUGAUGUUGUCAUAGACAAAUGCAUAGUGCAAGAGAUAUUGCUUCAUAUGUCAGCAACUUUGCUAUCAAGUUGCUCGAGGAAGGUUUUGAUCUGCAUGAACAUUUGUUGGCAUUGCGGCGAUAUCAUUUUAUGGAACUGGCAGACUGGGCAGAUACAUUUAUUAUUUCUGUUUGUAAACAGUGUUUUUUCCUUCAAGAAAUGGUCUGUUGCUGAACCAGAGAAGAAAGUAGCAGAGAUGCAAGGGAUCCUUGAGUUGUCAUUACAAAGAUCUUCAUGUGAGACUGAUCAAUACAAGGAGAGGUUAUAUGUGUACAUGAAUGGACAAAGCAUUGUGCCUGUAUCAAAUUCUUCAGCUGUUCAAUUGGCAGGUCUCAAUAUCUUUGAUUUUAUGUUGUUGGGUUACAAAGUUGACUGGCCCAUCAAAAUUAUUGUGACACCAGCUGCACUGAAUAUUUAUGCUGAGAUCUUUCAUUAUCUCAUUCAAGUCAGACUUGCCGCUUUUUCUUUAGUUGAGGUCUGGUACUAUAUAAAGGCCUAUCAGAGUUCCGUAUUGCGUGGUCAAGAUUUGAAAUUUCACAAAAUAGACUUGCAAAUCUUGAUAAAAUUAAGGCAACAAAUGAAUCACUUUUUGUCUGCUCUGCAACAAUAUCUGCAUUCACAGUUGUCAAAUGUCUCCUGGUCUCGUUUUCAACAUUCCCUUAAACAUCAGGUCAAAGACAUGCUAGACUUAGAAUCUGUGCACAUGUCAUAUCUUGCGGAAGCUUUACACAUAUGCUUUUUAUCUGAGGACACAAAGCCUGUAGCUGUUAUCAUAGAAAACAUUUUGCAAUGUGCUUUAGACUUUGGGCUGCAUCUAACUGGAGGUCAUUUAUAUGCUGGAACCAACAGACCAGGACCAUUAAACUUGCAAUCUGACAUAAACCUGUGUAAGGUUUCCACAAUUCAAACAAUAUUUGAAAGAAAUCUUAAAGAUUUGUACCUAUUGUAUCUCAAGUCUCCGAAGCAUGUUGACUUCAGUCUUUGUCGUUUCUGGGAUCACCUUAACUACAAUGAGUACUACUCCAACAUCUUCAAUAGAGACACUAACUACUUGUGCUUGUGAGACUAUAUCCAGAUUUAUCAACAGUUUGCAGACGAGUGUGUGAAUAUGAUGAGAUGAUUCCAAUUAGACUCCAGGCAGGCCAUUACUGGGUACCUUUAUUUGCGAUACUGUUAUCUCGGAGGCAAGAGACGCAUCUCGGAACUCAUGCAGUUUCAGUAUCAUGGUCAGUCAUAUGGCAUUCUGCAUUUUGGCAGAAGACAGAAUCCAAUUACUUCAUUGACUUACAACUUAGAUGCUACAUUUCUUGGAUUCUGCCACUUUGAAGCAUCAUGUGGAAUCUAAUGGGUGCAUGGCAGAUUCAGUUUACAUGUUUCACAGCAGUUGCUUGUCAUUUCUUCCAUCAUCAACCAAGUCCAAAUGUAGGUUUUCAGAGAAUACGCGGUGUUGAUUGCGAUUGUCCUAAUCCUCUCUCAGACACUGAAAAAAGAAAACUGCUCUGCCAAAUGUAUAACGGUUUAAUCCGUGUUGUGUAAAUUGUAAGAAAGUGUUAUGACAUUUGAUUCUUGGUUAAAUGUAAUGUAUGAUUCCUUCUAUCAUAAGACUGUUGAUGCUUAGAAAGAAUUUGGGUUGGCUUAUGAAUUUUUGAA